UCUUAGGAAAAUGAUGGCAAUAGAUCCCUAAAACCCUGACCGUUCUUUCUCUCUUUCUGUUUGUUCUAAAACCCCUAACCCUAGUAGACUGACUCUGUUCCGUCUCUACUCUCAACCCCUUUGCUUCCAUGGCCACCACCAAACCCAACCGAACCGAAAACCCAAAUCCAGUCCCAAUCCCACCUCUGGCUCCCACCAGGGUGAGCCCCAAGGUUAUCCAUAAAGCCGUAAAUGCUCUUCUCAAAUGGCAAAACACCAACUCCCAGUCCCUCACCCAAAAACCCCAACUCCUUCAUCACAGCGAUAAGUUUUUCUACCUCACUCUCACCCUCAAGAAAAUCCCAUCUCAACCUAAUAACACAAACCCACACAAAAUCCAACUCCCACAUACCCUUCUCUCCCCACACCUCCCACCUGAGCUCUGUCUCAUAAUUGAUGAUCGUCCACACUCCAAUCUCAACAAAGCCUCUGCCAAAUCCAAAAUCGAUUCUGAACAAAUACCCAUCUCGAAAGUCCUCAAAUUGUCCGAGUUGAAAUCAGAUUUUCGUUCCUUUGAGGCCAAGAGGAAGCUCUGUGAUUCCUAUGACAUGUUCUUUGCUGACAAAAGGGUUGUGUCCCUUUUGUCUGGUUUGUUGGGGAAGCCUUUUUCUAAGAAGAAGAAGGCUCCGGUGCCGUUGGAUUUGAAGCACAACAAUUGGAAGGAGCAGGUUGAGAAGGCGUGUUCUUCGGCGUUGUUGUUUUUGGGGACUGGAACUUGUUGUGUGGUGAAGAUGGCAAGGGUGAGUAUGGAGCAAAAAGAGAUUGUGGAGAAUGUGGUGGCGGCGAUUAAUGGGAUUUCGGAGGUUGUCCCAAGGAAGUGGGGUGGUAUAAGGUCAUUGCAUUUGAAGCUGCUUGAGUCGUUGGCAUUGCCAUUGUAUCAGUCAGAACCGGAGGAGAGGUUGAUGAUUGAGGGAGUUAAGGAGGAGGAGGUGAAGGGAAAGGGGAUGAAGGGUGAGAGAGUCGGGAUGCAGAAGGAUGGGAAUAUAGGUGAGGUGUUAGUUGAAGAUGAAUUGGGAAUUAAUGAAGGUGAGGAUAAUGAGAAUGGUGAAAUAUUGGGUAGUAAGAAGAGGAAAAAGGGAGAUAAGGGUGAAGGAGUGGUUUCUAGUGAAUCGAAAGGCUUGAAGAAGUUGGCUAUGGUGAAUAAAGAUGAUCUUACGGAGAAUAUAGAUGGGUUGUUCACCGCACAGGGGAAGAAGCAAGAUGGUGGUAUAAAGAAAAGGAAGGUUGGGUUGGCUUUGGAAGAUGGGAAUUCUGGGGAAAAGAAGGAUAAGAGGAAGAAAAGUGGAGAAAUGGAGGUGAAGGCUAAGAAAGGCAAGAAAGCAGCGGAGUAAUUUGAUUUAGAAGACUAAAGAAGUUAGAGAUGGUAAUUCAUACUCUGAAAAAAUUUUGUUUUAAUUAUAUAAUCAAUAGUGAUUUGUGUUAAUUUGGUUGGAGUACAGAAAUUCUGCUAGUUGACAUCACUAACUAUUUUCUUUGGUAUCUUGAUUAUGAAGAAAAAUAUAGUGAUUGAUUUAAUGUUUUAGUGCUAUAUAUUUGCCUGACUUAUAUAUCUGAAAUUUGGUCUUGUUCUUGUACGCAAGGUUUAAUGUUUAGGCAGGCAUUAUUGUUUUGAUAUUCUACUCAUUUCAUGGUUAUAACUUAUCAAUGUUUAAUACAUAUCACUGAAGAAAAGGGUGAGGAUGUAACUUUGAGAGUGAGUGCAGCCUAAAUCCUUGUUGGUUGUUUUUGUUAGUAGUUAAAACUUAAAACUCCUUGUAGCUCAAUUUGCUACUAGCAACAAUUUAGAAUCAGUCUUGGAAAAUGAUGGAGGAAUGAUGAGGACUAAUUAAUGGAUUAACAACUCAUUAGUGAUGAGGUUUAUUCGGCACCAACUUUGGAUUGACUACUCAUUCCUCCAUGCCACUUCAAAUGCUUAUCCCUCAAUUUUCAUUUCUAGAUGAGUGCUUGAAUUUAAAUUUAUUUUGUGAAUCUUAUUUUUGUUUUGGCACUCUAUUUAUUAGUUAGAAAAUCCAUUUCUUUCAAAACUUAUCUUAUGCAUUCAAUUAUAAUUCAGUUAUCCUUGUAUGGCAGUCCAGACAUCUGGCAAAGUCAAAAGUCAUUUUCUGAUAGAUGUACGAUUCAUCAAUCAAGAGUAUAAAGUGAUCCUAGUAUUCAACUUGUUGAAUGAUAUGUACAGUAGUUACUAAUCAACAAAUCAGCUUUUUUCCCCUCUUUCUUAUAUGAACUUUUUGACUUAUUCAGUAUACGUUUUAUCAGAAUUAAAUUGAUUGAAAGAGGAUUAGUUAUGACAAAUGAUGCAAGCCUUUGAAUGAUAGCAGGUCCUAUUAGGUCUCUUCAGCAAUUCGAAUGAGAUGUUUAAAAAAUCUGCUAGAACACUCAUUGGCUUGAAUGAUAGCAGGUCCUAUUUUCACAUUUUGGUGCAUGUUGAGGAUAUCAUGUAAUGGAAUCAUUUGUAUCAUAUAUCUGAGUGCAGUUGGUUGUGGGAUGACUUUUGGUGGCUUUUUGGCCUUGUUUAGGCCAUAUUUUGGUGAAGAAUUUGCUUUGGUGGCUUUUUGUGACAUUCAGGUUAUGUUCUGGCGUAGAAUUUUCUGAAACUUCCUGCUUUUUGAUUUGU